AUGUUCUCCAGCGACAAAUCCUCGCGCCAGUCCAGCGGCGGCAAGUCCUUCUUCUCCCGCAGCAGCAAAAAGGACAAAGCCUCCUUGCAUGCGAACAAUGAUACCGCCAGCACGUAUCUUAGCUACACUCCCUCACUCGCCGAGACCGCAUCGCGUCAUUCCCAUCGCGACUCGAUUUCUACCCUGGAUCAGGAGGAUUACGCCCGUACUGGACAGGAAGGCCUAAAUAUGCAGGCUGGAGUGAUUACGAGUAUACCCUACGACUCGAUCUCUGGAAGUGGUGUCCCGCCGCGACUGGUGGAGCAUGGCGAACGGCCGGUCAGCAGGCGGGAACCGCUGCCGCACCAUUUGAACAAAGGCGGUGGUGACUUUCAUCAAUAUCCUACCUUCGAACCCAGCACGCUGCCGCCGAGACCACCGACGCACGGAAGGGAUGGGAGGGAUGACAGUGGAUACGCGCAGUCACGACACUCGAGCGAUCAUGGGAGCAUACGGAGCUUUGCGUCCCAUGAUCGCAGAGGAGGAGCGGCGCCAAACGGCAGCCAGGCAUCGGUUCGGGAUUACGGUGAGAUGGCAAAUCUGGGAACGCAGCUUACGAGAGAGCGGGAGCGGUCACACCAUUUCCUCAAUACACACAACCCGUCGGGAUUCUCGAGUACGACCUCAUUCUCGCCGGAUGGCUUCGUGUUGAACAGGCCUUCAGACGACCGGGUCAUUGAGAAGGAAUUCCUAGAACUCAUGCUGAAGAGAGGAUGGAAGAGUUUACCAGAACAAGCGAGGAGACAAAUGGAGGCAUACCCAAUCAGCAAGAAGUGGACACUCGUACAUCAAGACCGGCUGGCAGAAUGGCAGGGCGAGCAGAAACGACGGCACAUGUCAAGGAAUACUAUCAACGCACACGAUGGCUUCAUGCUCGGCCGAGCAGACGAAGAAGGCAGUCCGGAGUGGUAUGUCAAGAGGAUACUGGACAAUUCCAUCUCGCCGAAACAGCUGCAGAGUCUGUCUGUCAGUCUUCGCACGCAACCUAUUGCAUGGGUGAAAGCAUUCGUUGAAUCGCAGGGACAAAUCGCUUUGACGAAUGCGCUGGGUAAAUUGAACCGCAGGCAGGUUUCUGGUCCGGCACCCGCGACUUCGACGACUGAGCGGGAUCUGGAUCGGGAGUACGAUAUUGUCAAAUGUUUGAAGGCGUUGAUGAACAACAAGUACGGCGCGGACAAUGCUCUGGCGCACGACAAUAUUGUCAUGGCGCUGGCCGCUUCGUUGACGAGUCCGAGAUUGAAUACCAGGAAGCUGGUAUCCGAGCUGAUGACCUUUCUGUGCCACUGGGCGGAUGGCCAGGGCCAUUUGAAAGUCCUCCAAGCGUUGGACCAUCUCAAGGCACAGCAGGGCGAAAAUGGCCGCUUCGACUCCUGGAUGCGAAUCGUCGAAGUCACGAUCGACGGCAGAGGCAAGAUGGGCUCCUUGGUCGGAGCAUCAGACGAAGUCCGCAGCGGAGGCAUCGGCAUGGAGAACCUGCUCAUGGAGUACGCCGUGACAUCCCUCUUCCUCGUCAACUCCAUGGUUGACGCACCCGAACGGGAUCUUCAACUACGAUGCCACAUCCGAGCACAAUUCGUAGCCUGUGGCCUCAAGCGAAUCCUGACGAAGAUGGAAGACUUCCAAUAUGAAGUCAUCGACAAGCAAGUCGAGCGAUACCGGACGAACGAAGCGAUCGACUACGAAGACCUGCUGGAGAAGGAGAACAAUUCCAUGCACGAUAGUUUCGAAGGCGAGGGGAGAGAUCUCAAUGAUCCGGUGCAGAUUGUUGAGGCGAUUCAGCAGCGGAUAGGAGGGAGUCGGGAGGGAGACUAUUUCCUCUCGGCUUUGCAGCAUUUGUUGCUCAUUAGAGAUAAUGAGGGCGAGGAUCGACUGAAGUUGUUUCAGUUGGUUGAGAGUAUGCUCUCUUAUGUCGCUAUGGAUCGUCGCCUGCCGGAUAUGGAUCUCAAGCAGUCGCUCAACUUCUCUGUGCAGGCGCUGAUGGAUAAGCUGUAUACGGAUUCUGAGGCGAGGCAAGCCCGCGAAGCGGCUAAUGAAGCCAAACUCAUUGCCGAUGCGGCUAUUGCGGAGCGCGAUGAGAUGCAGUAUAAAGUUGAACUAGGCGCUGAGGGUCUGGUCGCGAAGUUGCAGAAGCAGGUCGAGGAACAGGCUGCUGUCAUCGAUUUGCAAUCUCGGCAAGCGGAGGCUUUCAAGGCUGAGCUGGCCGAGCUGCAACGGGUACGUGCUCAGGAACUCCAACGGAACGAGCUGGAGACAAGAGAGUUGUAUCUCAUGCUGCGAGACGCUCAAGAUAUCGCUGCUUCAAGUGCGAAGAAGAAUGGCAAGAAUGGCGCUGUCGAGACGGACCCGGUGGCUAUGGCUGGAAUCCUCAACCGCGAACGACUGAUGGACCGCUUGGAAAUGCAAUUGGAGCGAGCCAAGACACAGGCGAAACUCGAAGGCAAGACCUGGCAGCAAUUCAACCCGAGCGACAAGCUGCGAGAACUGAGAGAGAAGAUGGAAGGCGCUGGUAUGGAGAUGGACAGCAUGAAUUCGCAAAUGCCGUACUUGGGAAGCGUCACACGAGGCAAGAGUGGCGUUCCUCGAAGAAAGCCUCUGCGACAAGACACCGAUGCCUCAGGAGCAGGCAGCGACGAUGUCGAGAUGGAAGACGAGGCCGUCAUCGAGAAGCCGAAGAUGAUACAGCUUAUACGACCGAAGGUACCCAGCUCACUGGCUCAGGCGCAGCAGGGCAUGUUUGCGGAACUUAAAGGUCGCACGCAGAGAGUUGAUGGCAGCGAGGAUGAGGGCGAUGGGAUUACGACAGGUCCUAGUCAUCCAAGUCUGGAGUCUGACACUCCUCCUACGCCCACUAGUGAUGGUGCAGCGGACUCAAAGGAGGAUAAAUUUGACGCUCCAUCAGUACCGGGCUUCAGUGGCGCUCCACCGCCUCCUCCGCCGCCUAUGCCUGGUUUCUCGACUGGUGGGCCUCCGCCUCCGCCUCCUCCGCCCAUGCCUGGCUUUGCGAAUGGUGCUCCUCCCCCGCCUCCGCCUCCUAUGAUGCCCGGGUUUAGUGGCGCCGCUCCACCACCUCCGCCUCCGCCGCCUGGUAUGCCGGGCAUACCAGGCAUGGCCAAUGGAGGCCCACCACCACCUCCACCUCCGCCUGGCGCUCCUCCUCUUCCCGGUGGUAUGCAUGGUGGCUUUCUGCCUAAGUCAGGCUUCGAGGUCGGGCCGACGUCUAUGGGAGCCAUCGCUCCGCGACCAAAGAAGAAGCUCAAGGCUUUGCAUUGGGAGAAAAUCGAUUCACCCGAAAUCACUUUAUGGGCAACUCACAAUCCGACGCAAGUCGAGAAGGAGGAGAAAUACCAAGAAUUGUCCAAGAAGGGUAUCCUCGACGAGAUUGAGAAGAUGUUCAUGGCCAAGGAGAUCCGCGCUAUCGGCAAAUCCACAAGCAAGAAGGCAGGGGACAAGAAGCAGAUUAUCAGUCGCGACUUGAUGCAUACUAUGCAGAUCAGUCUGGCGAAGUUUGCGAAUACCGAAGCGGAAGAGUUUGUCAGGAUGGUGAUUCACUGCGAGAAAGAGAUUCUGGACAAUAGCACUGUGAUGGACUUCCUGCAGGCUGAGCAUCUGUGUACGAUUCCGGACAAUGUGGCCAAGUCGAUGGCGCCGUAUUCCAAGGACUGGAGUGGACCGGAUGCGCUGAAGACGGAGAGGGAGUCGGAUCCUGCUGAACUCACCCGCGAGGAUCAGAUCUACCUCUACACGGCGUUUGAAUUGCACCACUACUGGAAAGCGCGCAUGCGGGCACUCGUCCUAACCCGCAAUUUCGAGCAAGAAUACGACGAAGUAUCCGGCAAACUCAAGCACGUCGUCGCCGUCUCCGAAGCGCUCCGCGACUCCGUCAAACUCAUGCCCGUCUUCGGCUUGAUCCUCGACAUCGGCAACUACAUGAACGACUCCAACAAGCAAGCCGUCGGCUUCAAACUCUCCUCCCUCGCGCGCCUCGGAAUGGUCAAAGACACCAACAACGAAUCCACCCUUAUGGACUACGUCGAGCGCGUGGUGCGCAAACAAUAUCCCCAAUACGAAGGUUUCGCCGACGACAUCGCGGGCGUGUUGACCUCGCAGAAAAUCAACAUCGAACAGCUGCAAAGCGAUGCGAGGAAGUAUAUCGACAACAUCAAUAAUGUGCAGGCGAGUUUGGACGCAGGGAAUCUGAGUGAUCCGAAACGGUUCCAUCCGGAGGAUCGGGUGAGUCAGGUUGUGCAGAGGAGUAUGAAGGAGGCGAGGAGGAAGGCCGAGCAGAUGCAGUUGUAUCUGGAUGAGAUGAAUCGGGUUUAUGAUGAUAUUCUUACGUUCUUUGGGGAUGAUAAUAAGGAUGAGAAUGCGAGGAGGGAGUUUUUUGGGAAGUUGGCGAACUUCGUCAACGAAUACAAGAAAUCUCACGAGAAGAACCUCCUCCUCGAAGAAGCCUGGCGUCGCAACGAGGAGAAUAUGCGGCGCAAACAACUCAAGGGCCAGGUUUCUUCUUCUGCAGCUCUUACCGCUUCUCCCGAUGGACCCGCUGCUGCUGCUUCUACCGGCGCUAUGGACUCCCUCCUUGAGAAACUCCGUGCUGCUGCUCCUCAAACGAGAGAUACCCGCGACCGCCGCCGCCGCGCGCGGCUCAAGGACAAACAUCUCGUGCGCGUCGCUUCGGGGCAGCAAAUCCCCGAGACGGGGGAGAAUGUCGCUGGCGAGGAAGGGGAUGGGUUGUUGAAGCCGGACGGCGCUGUGGCGGGGACUUCACCGCUGGCGAAUGGUGAGAAUACGGAAGGUACGGGGGCUACUUCUGAAGGUGAGGAUAUCGCGGACCGAGCAGCGAGUUUACUGCAGGGUUUGAGAGGGGAUGGAUCGGAAGGUGGAUUAAGUGAGGUUCCGACGAGGGAUGAGACGGGGAGUUUGAGGAUUCGGAGGAGGAGGGAGAGGGCGGAUGAUGAGAGGGCGGAGAGGAGGGCGAGGAGGAGGGGGCAGGGGGGUGGCAGUGGUGAUGUUGGAGAGGGGAAGGGGGUUGCAGCGCAGGAGGCAGAGGAGGAGCCUGCAGUCGAAGCUGAUCCCGAACCUGGAGCGGCUGCAGACACGGAGACGACCGAUGAACCUGCAGCCCCAGCGGAGGACGCGGAAGAAGCGAGCGAGGACGCAGAGAAAGAAGCUUGA